GAGGAGCCGUAGAAGAGACGGCAGAAAGGCCGUAGCCUGAAAUCGCUGUCCCAGGACUCCUAACCUCUUUAAGAGUGGAUGUAAUGGAACUGAUGUUUGCCGAGUGGGAGGAUGGGGAGAGGUUCUCCUUUGAAGACUCGGACCGAUUCGAAGAAGACUCUCUCUGCUCCUUCAUCUCGGAGGCCGAGAGCCUCUGUCAGAACUGGAGGGGAUGGAGGAAGCAGUCUGCUGGACCCAACUCCCCCACUGUCAAGAUUAAAGAUGGUCAGGUGAUUCCACUGGUGGAGUUGUCAGCAAAACAGGUCGCCUUUCACAUCCCAUUUGAAGUGGUAGAGAAGGUCUAUCCUCCCGUCCCAGAGCAGCUGCAGCUUCGCAUUGCCUACUGGAGCUUCCCUGAGAAUGAAGAGGACAUCAGAUUAUAUUCCUGCCUUGCUAAUGGGAGUCCAGAUGAAUUCCAGCGUGGAGAACAACUCUAUAGGAUCAGAGCUGUCAAAGACCCUUUGCAAAUUGGCUUUCAUCUCAGUGCUACAGUAGUCUCCACUCAGUCCAGUCAGUCUAAAGGAGCCUACAACGUGGCGGUCAUGUUUGAUCGCUGUCGCAUCACCUCCUGCAGCUGUACCUGUGGUGCAGGAGCCAAGUGGUGUGCCCAUGUGGUGGCACUCUGUCUCUUCAGGAUCCACAAUGCAUCAGCAGUGUGUCUUAGGGCUCCAGUUUCUGAGUCUUUGUCCAGGCUGCAGAGAGACCAGCUUCAAAAGUUUGCCCAGUACCUCAUCAGUGAGCUGCCUCAGCAGAUCCUGCCCACAGCCCAGCGACUCCUGGAUGAGUUGCUAUCCUCACAGUCCACUGCCAUCAACACUGUGUGUGGAGCUCCAGAUCCAACAGCAGGCCCUUCAGCAUCGGACCAGAGCACCUGGUAUUUGGAUGAGUCAACCCUCAGUGACAACAUCAAAAAGACUCUACACAAGUUCUGUGGGCCUUCACCUGUUGUUUUCAGUGACGUAAACUCCAUGUACCUGUCAUCCACUGAGCCACCAGCAGCUGCUGAAUGGGCAUGUCUGUUGCGACCUUUGAGGGGUAGAGAGCCAGAAGGCAUCUGGAACCUUCUGUCCAUUGUCAGGGAGAUGUUUAAGAGGCGAGACAGCAAUGCUGCCCCACUGCUGGAGAUUCUCACUGAACAGUGCCUCACCUACGAACAGAUCAUCAGCUGGUGGUAUAGCGUUCGCACAUCAGCGUCACACAGCAGUGCUAGUGGCCAUACUGGCCGGAGCAACGGACAGUCGGAAGUAGCCGCUCAUGCCUGUGCAAGCAUGUGUGAUGAGAUGGUGGUUCUUUGGAGGCUGGCAGUGCUCGACCCCACUAUGAGCCCCUGCAGGCGUUUGGAACUGGCCGGUCAGCUGAGGCAGUGGCACCUGAAAGUUAUAGAGAUAGUGAAGCGGGGACAGCAUCGCAAGUCCCUGGAUAAACUGUUUCAAGGCUUUAAACCUGCUGUGGAGUCCUGCUAUUUCAACUGGGAGGUGGCCUACCCAUUGGAUGGCAUUACCUACUGCAGUGCAGAUAAGAAGAGUGCCACGUUCUGCUGGUCCAGGGCAAUGCUGCACCAGAGAGGAAUCAAGUCGCCUGCAGGAGGUGGUGUUGACUCUUCUGAAUCAGGGGCUAGAGCUGAAGGCGGACCUGCAGGAGAGUAUAAAGGCAGGGCAAAUAGUAACUCCACACAACAGGAGGUAGCAGUGCGACCAAAGGAGACCAUUCUGACCAAGAGGAAGGGUCUGUCAGUGAGUGGAGGUGGAGGGAUGCUUGUUCGACUGGGAGGGGGUGUCUCACUAUCCCUAGAAGAUGGAGGAGGAAAGUGCAUGUACAAAGGGCCGGGUUCCUCCUCUGGAGGGAAGUUGAAACUGACUCAGGGAGGUGGGAAGGGGGCAACUGGAGGAGGACCUGGUGGUGGUGGUGGAGGUGGAGGAUUAGGAAGUAGUAAGCAUACAAGUGCCAAACGCAGAACUAGUAGUGAAGAUAGCUCCUUGGAGCCAGACUUGGCAGAGCUCAGUCUUGAUGACGGCUGCAAUCUGGCUUUGGGGGCUGAGGCUAGUAACACUUUUGAGUUUCUCCCACCACCACCAGAGAUGUUGCCCUCUCCAAGUCCGCUGCUUCGAGAUUCACGGAAGUGCAACAGUGGAGGGAGCAAGAUUUUUGAAACCAAGCACAGCAGCCAUGACUCUGCAGCAAUUGCUGCUGCAGAGUCUGCUCCACCUUGUUUCCCUUUGAAAGAGAAUGGAGUGAUAGUUGUGGGCAUGCCCAGCACAGCAGAAAAGGAAGCCGAGGUGGAGCCUGCACUAAACAGAGAUGAAGAUGUAGAUUCAGCUGGUAGUAACCAGCCUUUAAUUUCAGCAGUUGCAGUGAGAUCAGGCACCCCUCAAACAUCUUCUAAGCCAGUGCUGGGCUGCAAAGAGUUGGUGUCUGCUGCAGCAGUAGCAGGAAGUGGAGCAGGAGUGGUAGGUGGAGCAGCUCCUCAAGGAGCAGAAGCUGUACGUGGAGCUGCUGAAGGAGAAGCUGUGGGUGAAGAUGACUACCAGGCAUACUAUCUGAGUGCUGCCUCAGAAGAGGGUGUAGACAGACAGCUAGCUGACAACCAUCAGGAGGAGGAGCCAGACAUCUUUGCAGGGAUCAAACCACUGGAGCAGGAGGGACGCAUGGAGGUGCUGUUUGCAUGUGCUGAAGCCCUCCAUGCACAUGGGUACAGUAACGAGGCAUGCAGGCUGGCUGUGGAGCUGGCUCGAGACCUCUUGGCCAACCCUCCAGAUUUGAAAGUGGAGCAGCCACAGACUAAGGGGAAGAAGAGCAAGGUGUCAACCACCCGCCAGACACAGGUAGCCACUAAGACACUGUCGAAAGCUGCCUUCCUCCUGACAGUUCUCAGUGAGCGACUGGAACUCCACAAUCUGGCCUUCAACACUGGCAUGUUCUCACUGGAACUCCAGAGACCACCAGCAUCUACCAAAGCUCUAGAGGUGAAGCUGGCCUACCAGGAGUCAGAGGUGGUUGCUCUGUUGAAGAAGAUCCCUCUGGGUCUGGUAGAGAUGUCUGCCAUCAGAGAGCGAGCAGAGCAGCUCCGGGAUGGAAACUUUUGUGAUUACAGACCUGUGCUACCUCUCAUGUUGGCCAGCUUCAUCUUCGAUGUACUGUGUACCCCAGUUGUGUCUCCAACAGGUUCCCGUCCACCAAGCCGCAACCGCAACAAUGAGAUGCCUGGAGAUGAGGAGCUGGGUUUUGAGGCUGCUGUUGCUGCACUUGGUAUGAAAACCACAGUCAGCGAGGCAGAGCAUCCUCUGCUAUGUGAAGGAACUAGACGAGUGAAGGGUGACCUGGCUCUGGCUCUCAUGAUCACCUAUAAGGACGACCAGAGCAAGCUCAAGAAGAUAUUGGAUAAGCUGUUGGACAGAGAGAGUCAGACCCACAAGCCCCAAACUCUAAGCUCCUUCUACUCAAGCAAGCCAGCAGCUGGCAGUCAGCGUAGUCCAUCCAAACAUACAGCCUCCAGCCACAGUGGGGUGGGUGGGGCCACAGGAGUUGUCUCCAAACAUGCUACGUCAUCUUCCUCAGCAUCUACUUUGGUGGCUUCAUCCUCAAGCUCUUCCUCUGCUCUGACAAUUUGUGGAGAGGGGGUGGCUCCUCAGGCUGAUCUCAACCCAGUGCCCAACAACACUGCAGGGGAGAGUGCCGCUGAGACCAGGGAGCAUGAUGGGCCUUCAUCUUCAAGUGACCAGCAGAAUGACAUUGCUUCAUUUAAGGAGGCCACAGUGCCCAGUCGGUUGGCACUGGGGGCACGCUGUGGAUAUAGCCAACGCUGCUGGGGCUCACCUGUACGGCAGAAGAAAAAACACACUGGUAUGGCGAGUAUUGAUAGCAGUGCUCCAGAGACCACCUCAGACAGUUCUCCUACUCUCAGCCGGCGGCCAAUGCGGAGCGGCUGGGCAGCAGCAUCUUGGGGGCGGGGUCAGGACAGUGACAGCAUCAGUAGUUCGUCAUCUGAUUCUUUAGGCUCCUCCUCCUCCAGUGGCUCUCGCAGAGCAGGAGGUGGGGCCAGAGCCAAGAGCACAGACACAAGCAGGUACAAAGGACGACGUCCUGAGUGUCAUGCCCCCCAUGUGCCCAACCAGCCCUCAGAAGCAGCAGCUCACUUUUACUUUGAACUGGCUAAGACUGUGCUGAUCAAAGCUGGAGGAAACUCCUCCACCUCCAUUUUCACUCAGCCCUCAGCCAGCGGGGGGCACCAAGGUCCACAUAGAAACCUGCACCUAUGUGCCUUUGAGAUUGGCCUGUAUGCUCUUGGCCUCCAUAAUUUUGUAUCACCUAACUGGUUGUCCAGGACCUAUUCCUCCCACGUGUCCUGGAUCACGGGCCAAGCCAUGGAAAUCGGCAGUGCUGCCCUCAACAUUUUGGUAGAGUGUUGGGAUGGUCACCUGACCCCUCCAGAGGUGGCAUCCCUUGCGGACCGAGCAUCGCGAGCAAGGGACCCCAACAUGGUUCGGGCAGCAGCAGAGCUGGCCUUGAGCUGCUUGCCUCAUGCUCAUGCCCUGAAUCCUAAUGAAAUCCAAAGAGCCCUGGUGCAGUGUAAAGAGCAGGAUAAUGUCAUGCUGGAGAAGGCCUGCAUGGCAGUAGAGGAAGCAGCUAAGGGUGGAGGUGUCUACCCUGAGGUUCUGUUUGAGGUGGCUCACCAGUGGUACUGGUUGUAUGAGCAGUCAGUAGGUGGAGGAUCAAGCCAACAGCGGGAAACAUCCGGCCGAUGUGGGGCAAAUGGCGGUUCGGGCAGGAGGCCCCCAGAGUCUAGCUGUGUUGUUCUUGACAGUGGAGCCAACAUGGAGUCUCCAGGGGUAGCAACAGUCACAGCUUCCGUCACUGCCGCCGCCGUCGUACCAGUUAUCUCUGUAGGGUCCACCAUUUACCAAUCCCACGCUAUGCCUGGCCAGGCUAUGGCUCACCCGCACACCCAGGGCCUCCACCCAUACACCACUAUCCAGGCCCAUCUCCCCACCGUCUGCACGCCCCAAUACCUAGGGCACCCUCUGCAGCAUGUGCCCCGGCCCACUGUCUUCCCUGUGUCUGGGGCUGCAUAUCCACAGGGAAUGCACCCAGCGUUCAUUGGUGCCCAGUAUCCAUUCUCAGUGGCCACUGGCCCUCAGCCAUCAAUGGCAGCCACGGCUGUCACCUUCCCUGGUGUUCCUGUACCGUCCAUGACUCAAAUUGCUGUCCACCCCUACCACACUGAGGCUGGUCUGCCACUCAGCACCACUGUAGCAGUUGGUGGUGUUCACCCUGGCCCCACCAUCCAGGCCAUCCAGGGAGCAUCUCUGCCCUCUCUAUCCUCUCAGCCUGGCUCCUUGGUCAGCAGUCCUUUCCCAGCAGAAGAUGAGCAGCACAGCCAGCCCAUUAGCCAACAAGGCCUGCACUACUUGCAUUCUGCUUAUAGAGUUGGCAUGUUGGCAUUAGAGAUGUUGGGCAGAAGGGCUCACAAUGACCAUCCCAACAACUUCUCCAGGAGCCCUCCUUAUACUGAGGACGUCAAAUGGCUGCUGGGACUUGCUGCCAGGCUAGGAGUCAACUAUGUGUACCAGUUCUGUGUUGGAGCAGCAAAAGGCGUCCUCAGUCCAUUUGUCCUGCAGGAGUUAAUCAUGGAGGCCUUGCAGAGGCUGAACCCUGCCCACAUCCAUGCCCAUCUUCGAACACCUGCUUUCCAACAGCUUGUCCAGCGCUGCCAGCAAGCCUAUCUGCAGCAUAUUCACCACCGGCUCAUCCACCUGACACCUGCUGACUACGAUGACUUUGUCAACAUGAUCCGCAGCGCUCGAGGUGCUUUCUGUCUGACUCCUGUGGGCAUGAUGCAGUUUAAUGAUGUGCUCCAGAACCUGAAGAGGGGCAAACAGACCAAGGAACUAUGGCAGCGUAUAUCCCUGGAGAUGGCAACCUUCUCUCCGUGAGCAGCACACUCGGGGAGACAAAAUCUGCUCGGCGUCAGCCUGGGCCGAGAAGUCCCAUCCAGCCUCCAGCAUAGCUACUGCCACUGCACUGAGCUGACCACACUUAUGUGUGAUUUUGUUAGGGCCAUUGCUCCCUGCUCCCAGGACUCAGUAAAAUGCACACAGGCAGUGCAGUCGACUCCCAUUCCCCAAUUCACAGACUUACUUUUGUUUUUUGUGUUUGUCCACCAGAGCGUUGUGAAGAGGCCUGGUCACUUACCUGCUCUUCCUGGCUGAUGUUUUAUCAUUGUUUAUCGUUAUGUAAAUAUGGAAUUCCAGUGUACUCCUUCCUUUCUUCAUUUCUCCUCAACUUAAGACUGACAGGGAUCUCUCCCCUCAUCCUCACUUCAUUUUCACUGUUUUGUAUUCUGUUUUUAGUUUUGUUUUAAAGGAAACCACUGCGUGAGUUAUUUUUAUGCUGCAACAUUCCUGUUUAGUGGUAGAUGCUUCACUCACCAGAGUCUUGUCACUAUGGAUUUGAGUCAUUGCAGUGUGGGACAAAACAAUGACUUGUGAGAAGAAGAAAAAAAAAGUUUAAUAUGAAGCAUUUUAUUGUCCCUAUUGGUGAGGAUUUUUCAGUAUUUUGUUUAAUCUUUUUUUGAUACUUUGUAAUAGGCUAUGACACGUAAGCAAAUAGGAAUGGGACGAGAGUGAGGGAAUGCUGAAGGUGCUUUUUCUGUUAUGUGGGAUACAUUUGUACAUUUUAGCCUGCCUGAGAAGUGACAUGAACAGCUCCAGACCAAAACCAGAGGCCACCUCACCACUGCUUAGGCAAACGAGCUACACUGUCCAAAACACCUUAUCAGUUCCUUUUGGGCUAAGUUGUUUGUUCGUUUUAAAAUAAUGUUCCAAUAUACAAUCCCCAGAUUUCCAGCAGCUGUCAGAACAUUUUAAUAGAUUUUUUAUAUAAAUAUAAAAAUGCUUUAAGGCAACCUAGAUUUGUUUAAUCUAGUUUACAAUGCUGUCUAAACACAGCUGCUAAACAGAGUCCUGACUAAAAUGUAAUAAAAAGAAAUUAGAAUAGCAUGACCACAAAUAUUAAAAUCACACAUCCAGCCCUUCUUCACAGCAUCUAAAGCGCUGACUAGUUUAAAUGCACGGAAUACAGCAGUGUGGAUGUGGAUGGCAGACCUAUUGGAAGCAGCAUUGUCCAUUUGACUGAUCCACAUCCUUUUUCUAAAUAAGCCACACAAAACUGAAAUGUGUGCUUUAUUAUUCACGUGGCUGUAUUUGAAGGCUAGUUCGGCAAACGUACAUUUUUAGUGCAAACCAUACACAGUGGACAAGUCCCAGACAUCGCUGUCUCACCUUUCAACCACAUUUGUUUUCUCUGCAGUGUAAUCAGUAUCUGUGAUCGCUGUAUCAGCUUAGCGUUUUAGGUUCUCCGAGGUCCUGAAUUAUGUGCUGCUCAUGCUUUGUGUACACUGUCACACAUGUGCAGUGUAGCUAAUCCUCUAAAACCCAAAUGUUCAGAGACUAUUACUUUGGCACCACGGUCUCUUAAUCAGACAUGGCUUUGGUUUUGCUCUGGAAACUGCUGUCUUUUUUGUUUUCAGUUUUCUGAUCCACUUAAGCCCCAACACUCUUCAAGACAGUUACCAGACACAUAUGACACAGUGUGUUUGAGUGGCCCUCUUCUUCGAUGUGGUUUGCUCAUAGCCCAUGGUGCUGUUACUUCAAGACAUGUUGACACAGUCCAGGCAGCUGCUGUGGUUCUGAAACUGGCUCAUUGGUUUUGGACCUCACAGGUGAAGGUGACGUAGUAGAAAAUGUACUGUGAUAUUUUUGUAUUUCUCAAAAGUGUAGUUCGAUUGAAAAGUUGUAUAUGUGCUGAUUGCAAAAGGUUCUAAUUGAGAGUGCAAAGACAAAAAAAUAAAAGCAAUAGUAAAAGUGUAGAGUUUACUUUAAUAAAGAUCAUUGAAAACACUAAA